CUAGCUAACUCAUCAGGUCCAGUUACACACGGUGACUUUUUGUUUAGUAUAUGGGAGGGUAAAACACGAGAAUAGCUACUCACCCUGCGGAUUAUCCGACACACUCCUGCAGUCUUCUUUCACUUUCGGUACCAGCGAGAGGUUGAAGGAGGAAGACAGAGAGAGGAAGACAGAGAGAGGAAAACAUAAAGCCCGACACUCACAGCUGAAUUAUACAUACAGACCCCGAGUGUUGAAUUUGAUCAAAAACAUCAUCCAGAGUUGCCUAAUUUCAGCUGUGGUUGUUGUUUCCGGUUGGGCACAAUAAUAAAAUUAAAGUCCUAAAGAUUAUCUAGAGACAAACUGUGACUCCAAGGAUAAUCAAAAUUAGCAUUCUGGGACAGGAACAAAUGGAGAAGAAGUACAACCCUCUAGAUAGUACCCUGAAGAUUGUCAAGAGGAAGGACGACUUGGAUCCCAUGUGUGAUGAUGAUGAUGAAGACUGUCUCAGAGCAGAGAUGUCCUGCGGCCACGCUGUCACUCCGGACUCUCUCACACAAUGGUGUCGCAGCCAGCUGGAGGAGGGUAAUUACAAAUUCAGAUGCCCUGCAGUGGUGGAGGGGACCACACAGUGUAAUAAACUGUGGUCGUACCAAGAGGUGCGCAGACUUGCAGACUUGUCUGUAGAGGAAAUGGAGCAUUUUGAAGAGACCAUGGCUCGCCUUGCUGCUGCACAAUACUGUGAAAUUCAGCCAUGCCCAAAGUGCAAAACGAGUGUGGAGAGGAAGGAUCUGUCCAACCUGUGUGCGCGGUGCCCCAUAUGCACAGCUGAUCAGAAGACGACCUACCAGUUCUGCUGGCAGUGUCAGAGGCAGUGGAAAGGUCCAGGCCCCCGGUCUGACCGCUGUGACAACGACGGCUGCAUCAACCACGACCUCGAGCUUCUCAAGAACUGCAAGACCACCGCCCUCCCUCAGGUGAGGGGUGUCGACUCAUGUCCCUCCAUCCGGGCCUGUCCUACAUGUGGUCAGAGAGCGGAGCAUGACAAAACGGGCUGUAAGAACAUAAUCUGUCCUCGCUGUCAGGUCGAGUUCUGCUUCGUGUGCCUGAAACUCACUCCUGAGUGCCUGAAGACGAGCUCGUACUUCAUCGCCUGCAGUGAUGGUGUGGCUCCCAGACAAACCUCCAUACCUGUGUGGCGCAGAAACUAAGAGUUUGCACACAUUCACUACUCAUGAUGUAGCUUACUGCCUUCUUCUGUCACACUGUUCUGUUUCUGUUGGAUUUUAAUGUUCUAUUUUAAGAUUUUCUUGAAGCCAAAAGUGUAGACUUAUUUGUUCAUUCCAUAGUGAGCAUUAAAAUAUCUGCUGCAUAUUCUCAUAAUGUUGUAGAAUGCAUUGCUUGUAAUGUUGUCACUGAAGGUGUUGACUGUUCAUAGUACAUCAUAAUAACUUCAUCACUUAAUAAAGUGUCUCUUUACAUUAA